AGCGGGCCCAUGGGGCUGGGAGGGGGGCACCCGGAGCUCAGGCCGCGCGGCCUCUUCCCCUGACCCCGGUCCCGCAGCAGCCCCGGGGGCCCCCGAGGGCCGCUCCAGAUUUGUGCCCCGGCGGGCGUCGGGGCCGGGGUGCACCUGCAGGGCCUUCAGGGGCCGCCGGGGCGUCUGACUUAAAGGUUUUGCGGAAGGACCGUUGUGCCCCCCUCUUCCUCCAUCCCAAAUUGUCAGAUCCUUGAGCUUGUGAAAAGGGAAUCCAACUUACACACACACCUAACGGACACGGGGCCGUUUUGUUUUUGCCUUUCGUAAACACUGAGACAAUAGUGCACACUGUGUGUGAAAACUGUGUUUCAGAAUGGCUGUUGAUGGUGGGUGUGGGGACACUGGAGACUGGGAAGGUCGCUGGAACCAUGUAAAGAAGUUCCUCGAGCGAUCUGGACCCUUCACACACCCUGAUUUCGAACCGAGCACUGAAUCUCUCCAGUUUUUGUUAGAUACAUGUAAAGUGCUAGUCAUUGGAGCUGGCGGCUUAGGAUGUGAGCUCCUCAAAAAUCUGGCAUUGUCUGGUUUUAGACAGAUUCAUGUUAUAGACAUGGACACUAUUGAUGUUUCCAAUCUAAAUAGGCAGUUUUUAUUUAGGCCUAAAGAUGUUGGAAGACCUAAGGCUGAAGUUGCUGCAGAAUUUCUAAAUGACAGAGUUCCUAAUUGCAAUGUAGUUCCACAUUUCAACAAGAUUCAAGACUUCAGUGACACUUUCUAUCGACAAUUUCAUAUUAUUGUUUGUGGACUGGACUCCAUUAUAGCCAGAAGAUGGAUAAAUGGCAUGCUGAUAUCUCUUCUGAAUUAUGAAGAUGGUGUGUUAGAUCCAAGCUCCAUCAUCCCUUUGAUAGAUGGGGGGACAGAAGGCUUUAAAGGAAAUGCCCGCGUGAUUCUGCCUGGAAUGACUGCUUGUAUUGAAUGUACGCUGGAACUUUAUCCACCACAGGUUAAUUUUCCCAUGUGCACCAUUGCAUCUAUGCCCCGGCUACCAGAGCACUGUAUUGAGUAUGUAAGGAUGUUGCAGUGGCCUAAGGAACAGCCUUUUGGAGAAGGAAUUCCAUUAGAUGGAGAUGAUCCUGAACAUAUUCAGUGGAUUUUCCAAAAGUCCUUAGAGAGAGCAUCACAGUAUAAUAUUAGGGGUGUCACAUAUAGACUCACUCAAGGAGUAGUAAAACGAAUCAUUCCUGCAGUAGCUUCCACAAAUGCAGUCAUAGCAGCUGUGUGUGCCACUGAGGUUUUUAAAAUAGCCACAAGUGCAUACAUUCCCCUCAAUAAUUACUUGGUAUUCAAUGAUGUAGAUGGGCUAUACACAUACACAUUUGAAGCAGAGAGAAAGGAAAACUGCCCAGCUUGUAGCCAGCUUCCUCAAAAUAUUCAGUUUUCUCCGUCUGCUAAACUACAGGAAGUUUUGGAUUAUCUAACCAAUAGUGCUUCUCUGCAGAUGAAAUCUCCAGCCAUCACAGCCACAUUAGAGGGAAAAAAUAGAACACUUUACUUACAGUCAGUAACUUCUAUUGAAGAAAGAACAAGGCCAAAUCUUUCCAAAACAUUGAAAGAAUUAGGACUUGUUGAUGGACAAGAACUGGCAGUUGCUGAUGUCACCACACCACAGACUGUAUUAUUCAAGCUUCAUUUCACUUCUUAAGGAAAAUAAAUCUGCACAAAUACAGAAAAUUUAUGGAAAUAAUAUACUUCAUGGCUACUAAGAAAUUUAAUUGAUGUCAUUUUUAGCAUUAGUGUUGAGGGAAUUUGACUUUUUUAAAAUAUAAUGAACCAGUCUUUUUUUUAACAUAAUAAUUUUCUCUUGAAGACAGAAUUUUGGGCUUAGUACUCAUAAGCAUUUUCAUUAAUAAUAUGGGAAAUGAUGCCUGAAGAGAAAGAUUAUGAGAUUUUGAUGAGGAGGCAAACACACACUUGUGUUUGAAUUUUGUUAUUAUGGUCAAAGAAUAUAAUCCUUUGCUUUCAGUUGAGCACCCAUAUAUGCAAAAAAAUCCCUUUAAAGAAAAUGAAGAAUUAAGUUUUAAAAAUAUUAAAUAUUUCAACCUGACAUCUAAGGGUGUGUUGAGCAUAGGCUAUUUCUUGAUUUAGUAUUCAUUUAAUUGUGGCUGUCCAAAUGAAUAUUGCAGAGUUUAUUUUUUCCAUAAUAAUUUGUCAACGAUGUUCAGUUACUUGUGCAUGAAAAUGGAAAGUAUUUUCAUGUGUUUAUUUGCAGUGCCAUAGAGGCCAAUGUGCAGAAUAUUAAAGCCAAGACAUGGUUGUUUAAAAAUUUAAUGUUUAAACAGUUGUCAGUGAUGCUUUCACACUAUUUAUUAAUAAAAUCAUAUAUUGUCUA